ACUGAAAUCGUGAAUAAGAAAUGAUUGUAUUUAGAAAUACCUAUUAAUUGAAAAAACCAACAUGGUAUUUUAAAUAAAGUGAAUAAGAAAAUGAUUUUAUUUAAAUCGGUUACUUUUUUAUUUAAACUCCAAUGCCAAACAUACCCUUAGGUUAGAGUGCGCAAUUUCUUGUCCAAACCACACUCGCAAAAAACCACAAUUGCGAAAAUGCCUUCCCCUUUCUCUCCUUCAAUUGAAAACAUUCAAAAUUUAACUGAUCCACAUAAAGCCUAACCUUUCCCCCCUGAGAAAUCUGUGGAAUACCCGAAGGCCGUCAUCAGCAAACCGGGCACUAAUGGAGGACGAACGGGCAAUCGGCGACAGUUCUCCCAUUAUCACCAUCACUAGAUCCAAACAAAAGGCCAAGAGAGGAACUGUGGGUCUUGAAGAAAGAUCCGAACUUUAUCACAAAACAGUGAAAGUGAGGGAUCUUGAACAUCCCGGAGAAAUAAACGGAAAAGAUAACGGCGAAGAAAUUGAAUGUUCUUCUCAAUCUGACAGAGAUAGACUGUUUAAGAUGUACCGGAGGGAUGUUUCGGUUAGUCAUGUGAAUAUGGGAGUUGACAAUGACUUAGGCCUAAAUGCAGAUGAUGUUUCUAGCUCAGUCAAUGCCAACUCUUUUCAUCACCAUCAAUAUCAUCAGAACAGUAUUGGACAAGCAGCUGUUAGACCAAGGGGUAAUAAUAAUAAUGUGCAGAAGAGGAAAAAUGAGAGGAUGAAGAAGAAGAUAGAGCUUGCAAUGAGAGAACAAGCAGACAGGUUUGCCAAGAUUGCAGCCCCUACUGGAUUGCUGACGGGGUUGAACCCCGGGAUCAUCAACCACGUGAGAAACACUAAACAGGUCCAUUCCAUUAUAGAAGCCCUUGUGAAAUCUGAAAAGUAUGACAACAAUUCAUCAGUUGAAGGGAAGAGAAUGAAGAUUGGUGAAAGAAAGGAUAUUGAGAAGGCGACAACACUGAGUGCUUUGUCAGCAGGGAGGCAUAUUAUUGGAUAUUCAUCAGUGACACCGUCUAAUGGACGCGAGCUUGAGGGCAGGAAUGGGAAUUUGUGUACAAUUGGGAAAAGGACGAUAUAUCCCUCAAACUACAAUAACACAGACUGCUGUAAUAACACAAAUGUCAUCAUUACUUCUAAUGUUGGGCCAACAAACUUAAAUGAUGUUACUGCACUAUCCAUUAAUGCUGCUAAAAUUGCUGCGCAAUGGUUGGAAUUGCUUAAUCAGGACACAAGAUGUCGUCUUGCUGCGCUGAGAAGCAGUAGAAAGAGAGUACGAGACACAAUUCAGAUCGAUUUUCGUUGCUUAAUCUCAAGGGAAUUCUCUUGUAAUGAUAAUAAUAAUAAUGAUAAUCCACAACAAGAUUCCAGGGGCUGUGAGAAAGCAGCUACUGUAAAUGCUCAUCAUGCUAGAUGGAGUGCAUUGUUUUAUCAACUUGAUGAAUCUCUAUCUGAAGAAGAGUCUCAGCUGGUAAGUUGGCACAAACAAGUACAGGAAAUGCAGAUGCGGUGCGAGCGUGGCCUUAUCAAAUACAGUAAGGCGCCAUGCGGUUCACCUCAACUUGUCGCGCUGCAUAAUGAUCCUGAGAGGGAUUUAGCAGUUAGAGCAGCCGCAGCUUCCAUUUAUUCGACAUGCAAUUUCCUGUCUUCAAUGGAGAACCAAAAUCAAGUUUGAUGUUUGGUUUGCAAGAUGGGAUGGUGAUGUUUCUUGGCAAUCUGGGAUAACUGAGGAUGUCAGAUAUAUAGAUUACCUUAUUUGACUGUGUAAUUGGAUGAGAAGAAUGUGACAUUAACUGUAUAAAUAAAUGGAUUAGAGGUUU